AUGGGCUCUGAGCUGGGCCUCACGGCUGACUCCAAGCCCGCGGCCAGGCUCAACGGGAUCGGUAUCUGGUGGAUAUGCUGGGCUACAGGCUGGACGUUGCUGCUGCUCUGGGGCAUGGGCUUUCUCAUCUACAAGCGCCACAUGCCGAUGCUGAGGAUAAGAGGGAUCGGUUUGUCGCUCUCUGCCAUCUCUCUGCUCCACCUCUUCUGGAUAUCGGUGCAACUGGGGUAUGUCCUGGGGCCGCUAUAUCCUGGAGACACGCAGUAUUGGAUCAUGGGCACAUACUUGCCUCUGGGUAUUGGCCUGUUCCACGCUUCAAACACCCGCUUUCUCCACGUUGCACAGCGACAGAAGCAAUACAUUGACCGUGCCGAUACUCUCAACGCUUCGACUGCGGCCAAGCUCAGCAACAAUGGUGGUAUUCUGACCAGAUUCCGCAGACUCAAUCACACCACCAAGGUUGUCUUUCUCGUCGGCUCUGGAAUGUUCCUCCAGCUAUUCAUGGCAGUCUUCAUGUUUCUCAUCUCCCGCAAAUGGCAUAGUUCAUGGGGCAUCCCAGGCACUCAAGUUUCCGGCACUGAAAUGGAGCAAAAGGUCGAGAUGGGCAGAGGAUGGGAAUGCGUCGGCCGCUUGCGUUCUGACAUAGAUAUCAACAGGUGGCCGUCUGUCUUGUGGCUGCUCUUCUGGGCCUGGAUUGUUGCGCCAUUCACGUUGUGGCGUGCACGAGAUAUUCGUGACACUCAGGGAUGGCGCACUCAAACCAUUUGGUGUGCGAUAUCCGGACUUCACGCAGCACCCAUGUGGCUCAUUGCCCUCUAUGUUCCCGGGAUGGAAGCGAUCAAUCACCACUGGAUUCCUCCUCAGUGGAUUGCCGUCUCCAUAUGGUUAAUGGAAAUAUUCACCGUCUUCCUCCCAUGCUGGGAAGUCUUGUGCCAUCAAACCCUCUGCCAAGAGACGCUGAACACAAUUGAGCAGUGGGAGAACAACAAGACAGGCCUCGGCACGGCCAUCAGAUCGUUCAAGUCUAAAUCGACAAUCAUAGACUCUAUCAAGACCGGAUGGAGGUCGACCAACAGUUCGAUUCAAACGUCUUCCGUCGAGUCGAUUCUGACGCUGAGUGCUCUCGAAUACGUCCUGCAGAGGAACCCCGAGCCUCUACAGCAAUUCUCAGCCCUGCGGGAUUUUUCCGGAGAGAACAUUGCGUUUUUAACAAGCGUCGGCGAGUGGAAGUCGUCGUUUCCCGCUUCGGUCCGCAGCCGCAGCGGCAUCAUGUCUGACGACACGAAGCGGGAGCUGGUGCGAGAGCGAUUCAACCGCGCGCUUCGGAUCUAUACUGAGUACAUCAGCGCUAGCGACGCCGCAUUCCCGAUAAAUAUCUCAUCGGUGCAGUUAAAGAAGCUCGAGUCAAUCUUCGAGGGGCCCGCGCGAUCCAUGUAUGGCGAAAAGCAAGCCGUCAAUCCUGCAACUCCCUUCAACUACCCCGAGUGGAACAAGGCCGACUCUGUCGCUUCAUGCUGCGAGGCUCCCAAGUCGGUCUCUGAGAAAGACAGCGUUUCAGGCGACAGCGUUCAGUAUUGGGGUGAUAUUCCGGAAGAGUUCGACCACGGCGUUUUUGACGACGCCGAGAAGAGCAUAAAGUACCUCGUUUUAACAAACACUUGGCCCAAGUUUGUUCGCGAUCGCCGAGAUUCCAUGGAAUCCUUCGAGAACGCCGGAAGCACCGAAACCGGCGGCUCCAUGUGCUUUCCUCGCCCGUGUAAGCAGUAG